ACUCUGCUCAUCAUCAUUAUCAUCAUCUUCCUCCUUCGUUUGCAGGGUCUGUGUCUCUCUUUCUCUCUCACAGAUUGGGCUUGGAAUAAAAAAGCCAAAAUCAAAGCGAUCGGCGAUUCGUUUGAUCGGCGAUCUGUGUUCAAUGAUCUUGUUUCUUCUUCGUUGUCGUCUGCGAGUGAAGAAGUCUUGAAGAAGAAUCGAAUCGAAUCGAAUCUCGUUUUCUUUAAUCAGGAUUUUGAGGAAUUGCUUUUGCAAAGUAAUUGCGUGAUCGUCGUCUUUGUCGGUGAGUGAAGAAGCCUUGAAGAGGAAUACAAGAACAAGAACUAGAAGAAGAAGAAGAAGAAGAGGAAGAAGAAGAAGAAGAAGAAGAAGAAGAAGAAUCGGAAUCUCGUUUGAAGAUUUGUUAACAGAGAUCUAUCAUCGCUCUUUUCUGUUGUUUUAUCGUUUGGUCAAAUCAUCAAUCGCGGCGAUUUUGAUCGAGAGAACAGUGGAGUAAAGUGUGGUCGCUUUGAACGGUGCUCUGUGGUACUUAGGAAGGAAUUCAUUCUAUCGAUUUAAACGGGGACUGAAGGGGGGUAUGAAUCCAUGAAUCACUUCUGUACUUGCACGGGGUUGGCAUCUUCUGUGGACUUGAGUAGAAAAAGAAAACAAGUAGUCAGGAUAUCUUGCAAGACUUGUGGCAGACCGUUAGCUGAUGCAUUAGGUCCUGCAUCUGCAAGCAUGCUUAACACCGUCGGUCUCCAAAAUACAAAUUUUAUCGAUACUAAGCUGUCUUGGAAGACUGUGGCAAAAGGCUCUAGAAGUGCAUCUAGGCGAUCUAGGAAACGAACUACGAGCCUGAACAUGGGUAUGCAACUAGAUGAUAAGGGCACUAAAAGAGAGGAGUCAUCAGUUUCUGAGUCAGAGAAGCUUGGUGUAGCUGUUCUUGGGGGACAUUUUGCUGAUAAAAUUGAACAUGUACCAAUUAAGAAAAGGAGAUUUCUACUCCGGUCCCCAUCACCACCACCUCGAACUCCUUCACCACUACAAGAAGAGGUUUUAUCAUAUCAACCUCAGACCCCUUUUCCACAACCUGAAGAUUCUAAUCAGACUAUAGACAGUAAAUGUGCUCCAGGUCAAUGGUGUUCAGAUUUAGUUUCCAACCAGGAAAUGGGGGCAUUUAAUGGUCAUGUGGCGGUACAGUUCAGUCAAGGUAUUGAAAAUAGAUUUGUAAGUCAGAAUCUUUCUGAUGUAAUUGAAAAGCUUGAUUGCACCGAAGACUUCUCAGGUAUUGCACUUCUUGCUGCUGCUGCUUGCAAUAACAGCUUUAGUGAUGAUGCUCAUAAUGUUAAGGGGGCUCCAAUAUGUGAUGAAUCCUUGACACCAGAAGGAAUUGGCUCUUCUAUAUCUGCUACGCCUUUGGAAAGAUCAUCUACAUCCUUGGAAACAGGCAGUUUGUUGCAUAAAGAUUCAGCACACGAAUCUAAUAUAGAUGCUUCAUUGGUUCAUGAUGAUUCUGAGGCUGUGUCACAGAAUUUUCACAAUAAGAAAGAUUGUGAGGAGGUUGGAAAGGGACCUGCUUCUGUGAAAGAUGAAAGGUUACACUGGGACCUGAAUACUGUGAUGGAGGCAUGGGAGCUACCAGGUGAUGAUCAAUGUAUUCCUUCUCAAAUAAAUGGCUUAGAAGGUAUACCUGAUGAUGGUAGCAGUGAAAAGCCAGAGGGAUUGGAAGGAGGCGUCAUCCAUAGGGAACCUGAACUUGCUGUGGAACAGUUAAAAUAUUCCACUGCAGAUAUUGAGGUUCCGACUCAGGUUGUUAGUAAGGAUAAAUCCCUUGAUAAUUCUUCUUGUUCCGUAUCAGAUCCCAGCUCAAGUAGGCCUAUUUCUGAGGAAAAGAUAAAUAUAUCUCCCACCAAUGUUGUCAUGCCCAAAAGAGAAGAUUGUUGUGGAACUUUUACCUUUCAACUUGACAAAAUGGUAUCCAUAGAAAAUGUUCUUCCUGGGAAGCAUGAUGAUGUUCUGCUUGGUCUGGCUGUCUCAGAGAAGGUUGUGUGUGAGAUCGACGGCAUGCAGACUAAAGAGGAUUUUGGGAAAACAUCUUGUUUACCUGAUAAUGGGAUUUUUCCUACAGAGUUGGUUAGCACAGUCACCUGUCAAAUGUCAGAUGUUGAGUAUUCUGCAAGUAAAUCAGGUAAAGCAGGACCUUCAGACCUGUUGCCUGAGCAUGAGUUUUUCUGUGCCUUGGGCACCACUUUUGGAGAAGUCCAACCUGUUGCAGCUCUUGAUGUUGAGAAACAGGAUAAAGAAGCUCCUGCAGCAGAUGCUACUCUAAUGGGCUCUUCAUUGCCUGUUGAGCUGAAGGAACUCAUUCCCAAGUCUUGUGAUGAUUUUGAUAGGAUUGCUUAUGAAGAUCCUACCGAUGAUGGAUAUGGCUUGGAUACUUCUCUUGGUGGCCAUGGUCAUGAGAUUGGUGUUGAAAAAAUGACUGAGAUUCAGGCAGGUUAUGAGUCUCCAUUUGAAGAUGGAGAAUUGAGGGAGUCACUUGUAUAUUCCUGGGAGGAGAACGAAGUUGAGGGGGAAACUGAAUGUGUGGACUAUGAUUCUGAUAACAGAGACGCAGAUGACUUGGAUGCUGCUAAUCAAUGUUUGCUAAAAGUCGGUUCAGACAGUUGUGAAAAUGUCGAUAAUGGAAAUGUGGCAGGAAAAGUUAUGCAACGUGAAAGAGCCAACGUUUCGAAAGAAUCAAGCCAUUUAGUGAGCAUAGAAAAGUUGUCUGGACUGGAUCAAUUGCCUGAAGGUUGUGAAUGUUCUACUACCAACAAGACUGGUGAAGCAAAUAAUGUUAGUGCACGAAAAGUCCUUGAUUCCGAUUCCAUGGAUGGACUUGAUGUCAAAGGUAAAGCAGGAGAGGUUCAAUCAAAGGCAACUAAAGGAUCAUCAUGUUCUGAUUCCUUGCAUAGGAAGGAUACCGUAUAUAUGCAGCGGAGCAGAUCCAGCUAUGAUUCAUGUUUUCGACCUGGAAGGGUGUUUAGCUCUGAAAAGUCCUUGGGAAGGGACAGGCCUCCUCUUCGAAUACAGGAUGGAAGCCAUGAUGAUAGUCAAUGGGUCGAUGCUUCAACAGGCUAUUGGGAUUCAAGAAACCAUUAUCCAAAUAAUUAUCAUGAUGCACAAGGUACUGGUCCAGGAAAUGUUGUUGCAAAUUCUGGUGCAAAGGUUGAUGGAUCGACCUACCGUGAUCAGAGGAGAUCUACAAAUUAUUCCUCAAAGGGUAUGUAUCGACCCCUCAUUAGAAGGAGAUCACCAACUGACAACGAUGAUGAUUAUGGUGUGCAUAGGAGAAUGGUAGCAGCGAGGGACAAUAACCACGUUAGGAGCAGAGGCAGAUCUGGAAUAUAUCAUCGACAGUGGAAUAUUCGAGGCCCUAGGGAGGAAUACCAUGGGCCUAUGUCUGACAACCCUGCAUCGUCUUCUGUUCGUUUGCCACAUUAUUUAUCCAGGAGAGAACGUAGUUUUUCUCCUCCUGGACUCAGUAGGGGUGCUAGUUUUUCCCGGUCCCGCAGGAAGUCACGAUCUCGAUCUCGAUCUCCCCUUCUGUGGCGUUUGCAGAGGGAAAGAAAUAUGGAGGUGAGACGCCUCAGUAGGUCUCCAGAUUUCAGGUCCGAGGCCAGAAUGGAGAGAAUUCGGAGGAUGCCUUUUCAGAAGCCUAAUUUCGAAGCAGAUGACGAAGAAAUUUACAUGUCCCCGCCAAGAAAUCGUUUCUCACCGCCACCAUGUCAUUCCAAAUGGAUCAAUGACAGGAAUUGCGUGGCGGCUGCUCGUUUCAGGGAGAGAAAAUCACCAGGAAGAUUGUUUGGGCGGAACCAAAGGUUUGAUUCAGUGGGUUCUCCACGAAGAAUGAAAUCAGACGAUUAUUUUAGAUCCACGAUACGUCCAGGAAGGUUUACUGAGAUGUCUGGUGGAGCUGGUAGGGGACAUAAAUACAAUGGCAGUGACUCUGACAGAACAAAACAUGGUGAUAGAUAUGAGAUGAUUAAUCGAGCAAGGCGCUGUGACACUGGUGGUGUGGUGAGGAGGUUCCGCUAUGAUGCAGAAGAUUGUUUUGAGGCUCAUAAUGAGGAGAGAAGGGAUGUAGCUAGGAGUGCCAGGGAAGCGAGAGGACCUUUUAGAUAUAAUAACAAUGAAAGGAUGUAUGGUGCAGGUCCCAAGUUGUCCGGGAUUCGAGGUUAUCAUGAGGAUGCAUCCCCCAGUAGAACAUGAUCCCUGUGGCCUUGCAAUCACAUGUUUUUUCUGUUUUGUUUUUUGUUUUUAAUUUUAUUAUUUUGUGGGUGGUUUUAAUGGUAGAUAGGAGAUUUUACACCCGUUGGCGUACUUUUUGUUUUUUGUUUCCCCCCUUUUCGUGGAUAAAUAUUUCAAAUUUUAAUGCUGCCUGAUUUUAUCUGGCAGUGCUAGUGGAAAUUAUUUAACCAUUCCAAAUUCCUCACGGGAUUUAAUAGGCCCAAUAUUGCUCUUCUCACUAUUUUAGUUUUUUAAUUUUUUUUUUUCCUGGCAAACACUGCUAUGUUUACUGUAUAUGAAGUCAUAAAAGACAAAAUAAAUCGUGGAAAUUAGUGUUUGUUAUGCUUUCUUUCA